UGUGCAAAGAGCUCCAGCAACAGCAGCAGCAGCAGCAGGCAGUGCGAGUGCAAGCUUUUCGGUUUUUUUUUUCUUUGUUUUUUGGUUUUUUUUUUCGCUUACGCUUGGAUAACAAUUUUGGAUUAAACACCGCCCACACCCCACCCCCCCACACACACGCAAAAAAAUAUAGAAAAAAUACCUAAAAACCCUCUGGAGGAUAAAAAGUGCUUUCAAAAAGUGUCGUAUUUGGAGAUAGUGAAGAAUCAUCAUGCAGAUCGUGUGGAAGACCGUGUGUGUGGUACUCUGCCUCACGGCCACUUGCAACGCAGGACCGCUGACCGGCCACCAGAAGAGAAAGAACCCAGCACGCGAGGAUAAGACACCGGCAACGGCCACGCCCCCGACCUCAGCUGAAGUCCAGGAAAUCCCCAACGAAACGGAAACAGAGUCCGCGGCGGCCACGCCCCUGGGCACUCUGACCCUGCCCAGCAAUGCCACAUCCAUACGGGCGGACAUCACGGACAACUUUUCGUGCGCCAACAAGACCUACGGCUACUAUGCGGAUGUGGAGAACGAUUGCCAGAUCUUCCACGUGUGUCUGCCGGUGACCUAUGCGGACGGCAGGGAGAACACCUUCCGCUGGAGCUUCAUCUGCCCGGAGGAUACGAUUUUCAGUCAAGAAUCAUUCACGUGCAUGCGUCGCGAGGACAUGACCAUCGAGUGCGAGGACAGCGCCCGCUACUACGAGUUGAACGGCAACUUUGGAGGCGCCCCCGUCCAGGAGGAGGAGAAGCAGCAGCUGGAGCAGCAGCAGGUCGCUGAGCCGGAGGAGGAGGAGGAGCAGCAGUCCGCCCCGGCCACGUCCUUCGUCGAGCCAGAACCCAAGCCCGCUGUCGCCCAGCCCUCGAGGCCAGUCAAGGUGCAGGCCAAGCCCAAGCCAAAGCCCAAUCGCCGCAAGCCACAGCCUCAGGCACAGGCCCAGGCCCAGCCCCAGCCCCAGAGGAAGACGCCAGUGCCAGUGGCCCCCGAGGCACAGCGCUUCACCAUGCGGCCCCACAAGCCCCAGCCUCUGGCAGCCGCCCCCGUGCGCAACGAGCUCUUUGCCGGCAUUCGCAAGCGUCCCGCGAUCUUCAACAAGCCCACAACGACCCCAAGGCCCGUGGAGGAGCUGCUGGAGAAUGAGCCGGCUGUCACCGAGGCGCCAGUCUUGCAGCUCAGCGAGCCCCAGCCCACGGUCCAGCUGCAGACGAUGUUCGAGGAGGCCGCAGGAGAAGUGCCGGAGCCGGAGCCGGAGGUGCAGGCCUCGGAGCCAGCGGUGGCCAUAGCGGAGCCGGAAGAGGCCACACCAGAGGAGGCGGCACCCAUAAAGAUGGAAAUAGCAACAGGACUCGAGGAAAUGAAGCCCAUUGAGGCCAUCGAGGAGAUUCCCGCCGUCAUUGUGGAGAGCUUGGAGGGAGAAGGACACCGGGAUACGGAGGAGAAGCCGCUGGUGAAGGAGAUCAAGCCAGCUGCUGUCGAGGAAGAGAAGGAGGUGCCAGCUGCCGAGGAAGAGGAGAAGGCAGUGCCUGCCGCCGAGGAAGAGAAGGAAAAGCCAGCCGCCGAGGAAGAGAAGGAGGUGCCCUCUGCCGAUGAGGAGAAGGCAGUGCCUGCGGCCGAGGAAGAGAAGGAAAAGCCAGCCGCCGACGAAGAAAAGGAAGUUCCAGCCAUCGAGGAAGACAAGGAAGUUCCAGCCGCCGAUGAGGAAAAGGAAAUGCCAGCCAAGGUUGAGGAGAUCCAAGAGGGAAACCGCAACAAGCCCGCCAUUACCGAGACCGACGAGGAGAUCCUCAGCAGCAUUGAAGCCCUCGAGACAGCGCGGCCAGCCGAUGCUCCCGAGAGCAUAGCGGCCACGCCGGAGAUGCACGAGCACAGUCCCCUGGUGGAGGAGAUCCUGCUCGACAACAAGGAGACCCAGGAGUCGCUCGGCGGCUUCAAGCCCGUCGAUCCAGCGAUGGCCGCCGAGGCCGAGCAGCUGAUCACGGACUUCCUCAAUACCCUGAAGAAAAACGAAGAGAAACCCGAGACUGAGCUGGCCACAGCCGCCAUGGACAUGGCCGAGACUCUCGGCCACGAGCUGGACACCAAGCAGUCGCCAGAUGUCUCCAUCGAAGAGGCCAAGCUGCCGGAGCCCGAAAUCGUGGACAAGAACGCCUCGAUCGAGGAGCAGCUGCCGGAGGAGCUGUCGGAGCUUCAGAAGUCCCCGCCAAAGAUCAUGCCCGACUCGCCGAUCAUACAAAUCAUGCAGUACAACCAUCUGCCCAUGGACUAUCAGAUACCCGUGCAGGUGGUUCCCCUUGGGGAGGAGGAGGUGCAGCCACAGGCUCUCGAGGCAGUCCCUGAGGAGGCAACAGCCGCCGCCACGCCUGAGGAGGCAGGCCCCCAGACGGUCGAGGAAGAGCCACUGGGCAUGGCCCCUGCCGCUUAUAUGCCCUCAAUCAGCAUCGAUGAUAUUGUGGAGCUCGUCAAGGAGCGCCUCGAUCAGACGCCCAAGAACCAAGAACAGAUGGCUCCCAUGGAGCUGGUCGUGACACCCGGUGCUGCUGCCCCACUGGCCCUGAUUCAGAGCCCGAAACCCGAGCAGGAGGAGGCCUCGGAGCAGGAGCAGGCCUUGGAGCAGGAGCAGGAGCUGGCCUCGGAGCAGGAGCUGGCCUCGGAGCCGGAGCACGCCUCGGAGCCCGAACAGGAGAUGAUUCUGCCCAUCUACAAGCGCGUCUCGAUGGCCGAGCCGGCCAUGACCAAGGUGCAAACGCUGCCCGUGACUGUGAGCAAGGUGGAAACGGAAACGGACACGGCCAAGGAAUCCCAGUCCCAGUCCCAAGCCGAGUCCCAGUCCCUUGGCAAAAUGGAUGCCCGCAAGCGUAGAUUCCUCUUCCGCGCCGAUGCCAGUUAGGCAUCUCUUCUAGCCAAAUACCCCCCCUCCCUUCCCCCACCCUUCCCAACCCCCCUCUCACGUCCUAGUUCCCCACUCAUUUGCACUUUUAGGCAAGCCUUAUAUUAAUUUAAUUCCUUUGAUUUCCUAGUUUUACACGAGAGUUGAAAUUUAAGCAUAGAAUUGUUGUUCCAACGAGUCAAAGAAACACACACACACACAUUACAAAAAC